CUCUCACCGUCAAGAUGAUGUCCCAGUCUCUCCGCGCCUCGCGCUCCCUCUUCACCCGUGUCUCUCGGCAGCAGGUCCCCGUCGCCCGCACUUUCCUCACCUCCGCUGUGCGCCGCGGACCUCUACCUUCGCGAGCUGAAGGCCUACAAGCCCAUCCCCAUCAAGGCCGGCGACGCCGAUGCCCACGUCCAGAAGUUCGCUCUCCCCCAGGCUCCCGCUUCCCCGAGGAGGCCAACCUCGCCGGUGAGCUCUCCGCCUACGAGAGCCAGGAGGUCGAGGUUGAGGGUCAGGCCGCCGCUGGCGAGGCCGCCCCCGUCGAAGAGUCCUGGUUCGAGGAGGAGGAGGAGACUCCCGCCGCUGCCCACUAG